AUGACUGUAUGUCAGGUGGUGGCGGCGGUGGUGUGCAGCAGGACUCGUGGCUACCCCCCUACCAGCUCUCUGGGAUCGAUAGAGAUAUCUUCUGAGGUUUUCCAUACGCCAAGAUAUUAUUUCCACUAUAACGUUCUUGACGACGAUUCUGGUACCGACUUCUCCCACCAGGAGACUCGGGAAGGCCAUUACACCCAUGGCUCGUACACUGUGCUGCUCCCUGACGGUCGUCUUCAGAAGGUGACUUACUACGUUAAUGGUGACUCAGGUUUCGUGGCCGAAGUGACGUAUGAGGGAGUGGCUCGCUACCCUGAGUCUGAAGAGUACGAGCGAAGUCCUCCACGCAGAUCGAAGUUUCCAAAGGCUGACUCAGGAGAGUCGUUUUGGACUCAGUGGUCUCCGAAGCCAAGAAUUUAAUACGUCCAGCUACAGUGAAUAUUGUAUCCAUUAAGAUCCAACAGUGAUCCUCUGUGAGGUCAAACAUUAAUACGUUCAGCUGAAUAAAUAGACACAUGUACAACAUCUGGGUAUCUUUAUUUGUAUACAUUUCGCUAUCCAGUGGCUUCAUCAGUACAGUACAAGGACAUAAUGUGAAGAAUAUAGAAUCACAGACAAAAGAUAAGGAAGUCAGUCCUUGUAUUGUAUUGAUAAAGCCACUGGAGGGCGAAACGUCUACAGAUAUGUGACUAAUUCUACAUCUUGUCGGUACUGUGUACCAUUCCUGUACAAUACGUCAAGUUGCAGUGAAUAUCGUGCGUCCUAAGAUCAAACACUUCCUUACGUUGGCACAUAUACGACUACACAAACCACAACAACA